AUGGCGCUAGCCGACCUUCUAGUCCCCCGGGAUCUGUCCAUCUCCCCCGAUGGCACCAAGGUUGCCUAUACACUCCAAGCGUUCAGCAAGAGCGGCGAACAUGCCACCGCAUCGAUUUGGAUCGCUAAAGUCGGCGAGGAGAACAGCAGUCGCCAGUUCACUUCGGGUCUGUUCAACGACGAACAGCCCCAGUGGUCUCCAACGGGGACCUCGAUCGCGUUCAGAUCCGAUCGGCACCGGCCGGGGCAAAGCUCCGCCAUCUAUGUCUUGCCGGUCGAUGAGGGUGGCGAAGCAUACCCCUUGACGCCGGUGAACCGCGAGAAGCCCAUUGUAGCCUUUGAAUGGAAUGCCGCCGGCACGAGCAUCGCGUACACCAGUGCGGAUGAGAAAACCGACGAACAAGUGGCGAAGGAGAAAGCGAGAGACGAUCCGACGGUAUGGGGAGAGGACAAGGAGGACCACGGGGAAUCUCUUCGCCUGAGGAUCGCUCACGUAUCAACCAGGCACACCACAACGCUCGUCGCGGGCCAUCGACAUGUGCACGACUUCACGUGGAGCCCGGACGCCCGGCAGAUCUGCUUCAUUGCGCACCGGGGGCCCGAUAUCAACUCCCCUGGGUUCUAUGGUGCAGAGAUCUGGAUUGCUUCGAUCUCUGGAUUGGAGUCGUCGUCAACGACAACGACGACGAAGCGGGUUGCCGAAUUCCCCGGACCGAUCAGCCAGAUUGCAUGGGCGAACUGUGGCGUCUACUUCAUUGCCGGCCAUGUCCCGACGCACUGCUUGACCUCCCUCUCGCUCUACGAACUGGAUCUCGACCAGGGAUCCUAUGCAGAGCGCACCGACGGCGAUGCAGAGCACUGUUGCAUCGCGAUUAGGAAGAACAGUCAAUCACGCCUCUCCUACCGGGCCCAGCGGUACCUGGCCGACGAGUUCUACUCGAUCGACGAUGCCGACGGCACGCGCACCAAGGUCUACAGCGAAGAGUGCGAGAUGACUUCGUUCGACAUCCUCCAGACGCCGGACAACAGCGUCAUCCUGGCGAUCACGAAGGGCGACGGGUCCCACCCCGAGGAGGUGUUUUCCGUCUCGGCGUGGGCGGGCACCGUCCAGCUGUCCGCGCACAAUUCCGCCCUCGCCGCGCUCCAGAUCGCCCAGUCGUGGGCCAUCGCCACGCAGGCCGCGGAUGGAUACUACCUCGACGGGAUGAUCUACGUCCCCUCCACUUACAGCCCCAAGGACGGGCCCCUGCCUACCAUCCUCAUGCCGCACGGAGGGCCCUACUGGCGGAUCACCACCGGGUUUGCAGUCUGCCACUGUCUCGAGGCCCCGCUCCUGGUGUCCAUGGGCUAUGCGGUUCUGUGUCCCAACUACCGCGGUGGGAGCAGUCGCGGGGAGACCCAUGCGGCGUAUGCUCGCGGCGGGGCAGGCACGGUCGACUACACCGACUGCAUUGACAUCCUGCGGUCCGGUAUCUCCAAGGGCUGGGUGGACCCUGGCCGGGUGAUCAUCGGCGGCUGGUCGCAGGGCGGAUUUCUCUCCUACUUUGCGGUCACGCGCGAGGACUUUCGAUUCCGGGGUGCCAUCUGUGGGGCUGGGAUAUCCGAAUGGGACUCGAUGGCGAUGACGAGCGAUGCGUACUGGAUGCAGGGGGAAGUGGCCGGCGGGGCGCCGUGGGAUGUGAAUGAUGAUGAUGAUGCCGUCGCCGCCACCACCGCUACGCCGGCUGCAGACUCGACGAGCGCUGCUAGGAAAUGGAUUACUGACACCCACGGUCGCCGGGGGAGCGCACUCUGGCACAUGCGGAACGUGACGACGCCCGUCUUGAUUCUGCAUGGUGAGAACGACGUGCGUGUGCCGGUCUCCCAGGCCAUCGCGUUCUAUCGCGCUUGUGUCCGCAACAAUGUGCCGGUGCGGAUGGUGACGUAUCCUCGCGAAGGACACUUCAUCCUUGAACGCAAACAUUUGCUGCACAUGUGGGACCAGAUUAGGAAGUUUUGCUCUCGGCAUCUACAGUGA